AUGGGAAUUCAAGCUGCUAUUGAUGUCGGGAUUAAGAAGCUUCAGGUUUAUGGUGACUCUCAGUUGGUGAUUUGGCAAUUGUGUGACAAAUGGGAAACCAAGGAUGCCAAGUUAGUCCCGUACUAUCGACAUAUCAAAGAGUUGAUUAAGUUUUUCGACUACCCUCGAGGAGAAGUAGAGGUCAUCAAGAUUGAGAAGCGUGAAAUUCAGGCACAUUGUUUGAAUGUAGUAGCAGAACUUGAUGGCAAACCUUGGUAUUAUGAUAUUUAUACUGAUAAGACUCAUGUUCCAGUAAACCCUCUGCGGGUAUUAGCAGCACCUUGGCCAUUUUCGAUGUGGGGUAUAGAUGUUAUUGGGCCUAUUGAGCCUAAAGCUUCCAACGGACACCGCUUUAUUCUGGUGGAUAACAAGAUUGAAUAUCAAGGGCUUGAUGGUGAGGGUCAUGAUGAACCUAUAGUGGUGGAACCGAGUGCUCCCACCACACCUCAUGUUGAGAAGGAAAAGCCGGAAGAAGAAGAGUUUCGGCUCUUUGAGGCCAUGAGACAUUCUAAUGAUUCAAAGACUUGUUUUUGGGUGGAUGUGGUCGAUAGAAGAGUCGACAUGGAGCUGCAUAGAAAUGAUAAAACCAUUGCUUUGGAAGCUUUUCUAAUGGGAUAUAUUGAGAGGACUUUGGACAAUGAUACUCAAGAAGUUGUAAACAUGUUUGAGGCUUCUCCUAGUUAUCAACACAAGUGGCGUCCGACUUUUGAAAAUUUGAGGGACUCUCCAAAUCUUGAGAAGCUAGUACCAUCUAUAGUGAGUCCGCCAGAGCUAGAGUUGAAGCCUUUGCCAGCACACUUGCGAUAUGCAUUCUUAGAAGAGAAAUUGCUCCGUGUUCUCAGAGAAUACAAGAGUGCAAUUGGGUGGACCAUUGCGGAUAUUCGUGGCAUUAGCCCCUCUGUGUGCAUGCAUCGCAUUUUGAUGGAGGACGGAACUAAAGCCACUAGAGAAGGACAAAGAAGAUUAAAUCCCAACAUGAAAGAAGUUGUCCGGAGUGAGAUUUUGAAGCUCUUGGAUGUUGGCGUUAUUUAUCCUAUUUCUGAUUCCAAAUGGGUGAGUCCAGUUCAUCUUGUGCCGAAGAAAUCUGGGAUUACUGUCGAAGCCAAUGAGAACAAUGUGCUUAUUCCUACUCGGAAGGUCACAGGGUGGCGAGUUUACAAGACUACUUUCACUUGUCCAUUUGGAACAUUUGCUUAUCGUCGGAUGCCUUUCGGCCUAUGCAAUGCUCCUGCAACAUUUCAGCGUUGCAUGAUAAGCAUCUUCUCUGACAUGGUGGAGCGUUUUAUUGAGAUAUUUAUGGAUGAUUUUUCUGUCUUUGGGUCAAGUUUUGACAAUUGCCUUAAAAAUCUGUCUAUUGUGUUGAGGAGAUGUGAAGAAACCAAUUUGGUUCUAAAUUGGGAAAAAUGCCACUUUAUGGUGCAACGAGGAAAUGUGUUAGGGUUCUAUAGGAGGUUCAUUCAAGAUUUUUCUAAAAUUGCUAGGCCUUUAUGCAACCUUUUGGCCAAAGAUGCAAUUUUUCUAUUCGAUGAAGCUUGUAUGAGGGCAUUCGAUUUGUUGAAAGAGAAACUUACUACUGCUCCAAUUAUGAUGCCUCCGGAUUUUUCUUUGCCAUUCGAAAUUAUGUGCGAUGCUUCUGACUUUGCCAUUGGAGCGGUGCUUUGUCAACGAGUUGACAAGAAGUCUCAUGUUAUAUAUUAUUCAAGCCAAACACUCAAUGAUGCUCAAGUUAAUUAUACCACCACCGAGAAAGAGUUGUUGGCCAUUGUCUUUGCCUUGGACAAGUUUCGUCAAUAUUUAGCAUGCUCUAAAGUGAUUGUCUACUCUGACCAUGCAGCAUUGCGGUAUUUAUUGUCAAAGAAAGACUCCAAGCCAAGGCUCAUUCGUUGGGUACUGCUUCUCCAAGAGUUUGAUUUGGAGAUUCGGGAUAAAAAGGGGUGCGAGAAUAUAGUUGCUGAUCAUCUCUCUCGGCUCGCUAUCAAGGAAAGCGGUGAAAGAGAUAUGGAUUUCAAUGAGACCUUUCAAGAUGAGCAUUUAUUUGAGGUCGAGGAGGUUCCUUGGUAUGCAGAUAUAGUUAAUUACCUGGUAAGCCGAAAGUUACCUCCAGGCAUGACCACACAUGAGAAAAACAAGUUUCUUAUUGAGCUAUUUGAUGUGUGGGGGAUUGACUUCAUGGGUCCAUUCCCCAAUUCCCAUGGAAAUCUAUAUAUUUUGGUGGCGGUUGAUUAUAUGAGUAAAUGGGUGGAAGCUCUACCGUGCAAAACCAAUGAUCAUGGUGUGGUUGUGAAUUUCUUGAAAAAUAUGAUCUUUGCAAGGCUUGGAACUCCAAGAGCUAUUAUUAGUGACGGUGGAUCGCAUUUUUGCAACAAGUACUUUGAGAAAUUGAUGAAAAAAUGUGGGGUAACUCACAAGGUUUCUACACCUUACCACCCGCAAACGAGUGGCCAAGUGGAGAUAUCGAACCGGGAGAUCAAAAAGGAUUGGAGUAUUAAGCUUAAUGAUGCUCUUUGGGCUUAUCGGACCGCUUUUAAAACUCCUAUUGGCAUGUCUCCCUACCGGUUAGUCUUUGGGAAGCCUUGUCAUUUACCGGUGGAGCUGCAACAUCGAGCAUACUGGGCAAUCAAGGUUUUGAACUUUGAUCUCCAGGAAGCUGGCAAUAUGAGGAAGCUCCAACUUAAUGAGCUUGAUGAGCUUCGGAAUGACUCCUAUGAGAAUGCUAAAAUCUACAAGGAAAAGACCAAACUCUUUCAUGAUAAACAUGUCUCAAGGAAGGUAUUUGAACCAGGUCAAAAAGUCUUGCUGUAUAAUGCUCGCCUUCGAUUUUUUCCGGGAAAGCUUCGAUCAAGGUGGAGUGGUCCGUAUGAGGUGAUUAAAGUUCUUCCUUAUGGAUCUAUAUUUAUCAAGGACCCUCGCACAGGUUUUGAGCAACAAGUAAAUGGUCACCGCCUCAAGCCCUAUUUUGAGACUUCUUUUGAUAUGGAAAAGUACAAGUUACGCUUGGAAGAUCCUCCAUCCCUUUGA